AUGGAUAAAUCCGAGUGGGGUCUCCCCCCCAAUCCAAAGUGCGAUGUUCUCCGCAUCAAGGGCAGGGUCCGAGACCGAGACCCUGAAGCUUCAGUCCACCGAAGAACCCUCCGCACUCGGCUAGAAGAGGCUUUACCUGACACCAUCCUCAAGUGUAAAGCCACUAUUAAACGAGAUUCCGGUUUUAGAACCCAGGUUUGGAAUGCCUAUGGCAUCUUCAUGUUCACCGUCGAUUCCGGUAUCUAUAAGUUUGGGCUACUAGUUCCGCUCUCAAAAAUCUCAGACAGCCUUAAGAACCGGGCUCGAAAGCCAUGGUACACUGCGUUCGAAUUAGCCGAAAUUUUAUCACAGGGACAAGGUCUUGCACCUCUGAUACAUCUGAAAAAGGUGAUAUUAGAGAUGAAGUUAUACCGUGAAGACAUAAUAGAACAGAAGAACCUCAAUGCUCUUGCCCUCCUUUACCGUACGAGGGUCGGUUACCCCUUUGGCGAUAAAACCAAGGAGUGUAUUCUUCAGAAAAUUGAGGGAGAUGAGUCCGUGCAUGGUCUUUAUCAUUUGUUUGUUGGAGAAGAUGACAAAGCUCCUCUAUGGGAAUACAAAGGGAGGCAUGACGAGCUUCGUCACAGGCUGAAGUAUCCAAUUUUGCAGGCAAAGAUGCUUCUUUUGUAUUCUAAAAAUCCUCUUGGUUUGAAUGAUUCUGAUGUUAAAUCCCCAGACGAAUAA